UUACGCAGCCAUGCUGUAUACAUAGUGGCGGUAGCGUCGUCUCAUUUUCUCCGUACAUUCACGUCACCUCUGUGGCGGUUUCUUUUCCGUUCACAACUCCACCGCCUCUGCCGUUCACUCUACUCCGUUUCCACCGUAGCCGCCGCGCUCUGUUGAUGGCGGAAUUGUGUCAUAAGUCGCAAGAGGUACAUAAAGAAGAUGAAGAUGGUUUUCAAUGUUAUGUUCUGCUAGUGCAAGAUCGAAAAAGUAUAUGUCGUGUCAGAUGCUCAGAACCAGCAAUUGCAGUUUAUCGGAGUUGGGAAGUUAUCACAUACAUAAAGGAAGAACAUGUUCCCUCCGGAUUACAUUGCACUAAUAUCUACCCAGCUUGGGAGGAUGCACGGCAAACAAAUGAAUGGCCAAAGUUCUUGGGUUACCUCAAAACUUCUAGAAAGGCUGCUUUUGUAAGCACUGAGAGUGGUCAGCUGUACAUUCUUCCUUCCAGACUGAAUGAAGAAUACAGUCAUGCAGUGGUUCGGUACUUAACACAUGGACAUGGUGUCACCAGAAGCCAAAUUCAUGUCAAAUCUGAAGAUCAUAAAUCUAAAGAGAUGCCUGAGUCAAGAACUGAUGAUCGUAGCAGAUCUGAGAAUAGUGCAACAAGUUUAACUGGUCCAAGGAAGAACUAUGCAUGCGCCCAUCCUAGUUAUUUGAAAACCCUUGCUCAAAGCCAUUCUGACUGGAUUUUUGGUGCUAUUGCUGAAUUCGUGGACAAUUCAAGAGAUGCCAAAGCAACAAUGUUCGAUAUUUCUAUUGACAUGAUAUACUCUCGCGUUGUUGGUAAGGAUAUACCAAUGCUGGCAAUUUUAGAUGAUGGUCACGGGAUGAGCCAUGAGGAGAUUAUGAAAAUGAUGUCAUUUGGUCGCAAGGAACCUAACGCAAAUGAUCCAAAUUGUAUUGGAAGAUAUGGUGUUGGAUUUAAGACUGGAGCAAUGAGACUUGGCAGAGAUGCAUUGGUUCUUACCCAGACAACAAAUUCCAGAUCAAUUGCUUUUCUUUCCCAAUCACUAAAUGAAGACAAAGAUAAUAUUGAGAUCCCGAUUGUAACAUAUUCUCGGAAAGGACAAUAUAUGGAAGUUGAUACCAAUAUCCAGACUGAAACUUCAUCAAACAACAACUUGAAAGCCAUAAUGGAAUUUUCACCAUUCAAUGAAUACUUUAUUGGUGAAAAAGCAGGCUUGUUUGACAGGCAAGGUACUGGGACACAAAUAUACAUCUGGAAUUUGGAUGAAUGGGGUUCUGAGUAUUCUCUUGAAUGGGUCAACACGAAUGGAAGUAGUUCUUUCUAUCAAGGUGACAUUUAUAUUCGCUCACGUAGGCCCAGAUCUCGUCUGGGUCAGAUGACUAAAGAGGUUCCACUGGACUAUUCACUCAGAUCCUAUUUAGAAGUCAUCUUCUUAGAUCCAAGGAUGAAGAUAAAAGUCCAAGGGUCAUUGGUUAAAAGCAGGCCUUUAGCAAAGUUUCUACACAAGACCAGCAUAGAAAAUGGUUUUGUAUCGGAAAAACCAGUUCAGCUCAUUCUUGGACACUCUCAACUAGACCUGGAGCAGGGUAAUUGUGGAAUUUUUUUAUAUUGGCACGGCCGGUUGAUCGAGGCUUACAAAAGAGUUGGGAGCAUGAUACAUAAUGGCGAAAAAAGUCAUGGGCUUGUUGGAGUCAUUGACGUGACUGAUGUGAUGGAUGAUGAUAGUGGUCGGGUUUGGGUGCAUAACAACAAACAAGGGUUUGUAGAUUGUGAACCUUAUGCUUUGCUUGAGGAUUGGCUUAGUGAAAAGGCAGAUGACUACUUGGAUAACACUGUCGACAAGGUCAAUGUGAAAAAAGGUGGAGUGCGGUACAAACCUGAUCGUGAGUGGGUGCAGUGUAACAAGUGUAGGAAAUGGAGAACGCUACCUACUGAUUUUGACAGCAGGACACUUCCUCUAGAAUGGUUUUGCUAUAUGAAGCCCGUGAACGGAAAAUGUGAGAUGCCAGAACAAAAGUUAGACAGUGGAGUUAUCACGAUAUCUUCACAACGAACAGGUUAUAACUGCAAGGAGAACUCAGCCGAAAGUGAGCAUGAAGACGAUCGUCAACCACUGAAAAGACUUAGAAGGGGAAGCAAAAUCUAGUGUAAAAACCACACUUACAUGUAAAUGGCUGGUUAGUAGCAAAAAAAACCCAGCUUCAUUUUUGGGUAAUAUGGGUUGGUAUACGUGUAAAUGGUAAUCCUAGGAUUCAAAUUCUUCAUGUGUCUUCAGCUUUUGUUAAUGGUGAUUAAAUGAAAGGGUUAUGGGGGGUUGCAUGACACCA